GGGAGAGCAGCCUUGGUCUGCCCAAGCUGCUAGCAGCAUCAAUUCCGGACUCUCCCAAGACAUUUUCUGCUUUCCCAAUUGGACCCCUGUGCCCAUUAAGUCAAAAUGGCACAGAAAGGCCAGCUGAGCGAUGACGAGAAGUUCCUCUUUGUGGACAAGAACGUCCUCAACAGCACGGUGGCCCAGGCGGACUGGUCGGCCAAAAAGCUUGUGUGGAUCCCUUCGGAAAAGCAUGGGUUCGAGGCGGCGAGCAUCAAGGAGGAGAAAGGGGACGAGGUGCUGGUGGAGCUAGCGGAGAACGGGAAGAAGGUGACUUGCAGCAAGGAUGACAUCCAGAAGAUGAACCCCCCCAAGUUCUCCAAGGUGGAAGACAUGGCCGAGCUGACCUGCCUCAACGAAGCCUCCGUCCUGCACAACCUCAGAGAGAGAUACUUCUCCGGCCUCAUUUACACUUACUCAGGUCUCUUCUGCGUGGUGGUAAACCCGUACAAGCAACUGCCGAUCUAUUCAGAGAAGAUUAUCGAUAUGUACAAAGGGAAGAAACGUCACGAGAUGCCCCCACAUAUUUAUGCCAUCGCCGACACAGCCUACAGGAGUAUGAUGCAAGAUCGAGAAGACCAGUCCAUUCUUUGCACAGGGGAAUCUGGUGCUGGCAAAACGGAAAACACUAAGAAAGUCAUUCAGUACCUGGCUGUCGUGGCCUCCUCUCACAAGGGCAAGAAGGACACCAGCAUCACGCAAGGUCCAUCUUUUGCUUACGGUGAGCUGGAAAAACAGCUGCUGCAGGCAAACCCCAUCCUCGAAGCUUUUGGGAAUGCCAAAACCGUGAAAAAUGACAACUCUUCCCGAUUCGGCAAAUUCAUCCGCAUCAACUUUGACGUAACUGGCUACAUCGUGGGAGCAAACAUAGAAACCUAUUUGUUGGAAAAGUCCCGGGCUAUCCGGCAAGCCCGAGAUGAAAGGACCUUCCACAUAUUUUAUUAUCUGCUUGCUGGAGCCACGGAACAUAUGAAGAAUGACCUGCUGCUCGAAGGCUUCAACAACUACACUUUCCUGUCUAAUGGCUACGUGCCCAUUCCCUCUCAGCAAGACGAUGAGAUGUUCCAGGAGACCCUGGAAGCUAUGGGUAUUAUGGGCUUCAAUGAGGAAGAGCAAGUUGCGAUGCUGAGAGUUGUCUCAUCCGUUCUCCAGCUUGGUAAUAUCGUCUUCAAGAAAGAGAGGAACACAGACCAAGCUUCAAUGCCAGACAACACAGCUGCACAAAAAGUGUGCCACCUUAUGGGUAUUAAUGUGACAGAUUUCACCCGGGCAAUACUCACCCCAAGAAUCAAGGUUGGCCGAGAUGUUGUUCAGAAAGCUCAGACCAAGGAACAGGCUGAUUUUGCAAUAGAGGCCUUAGCCAAAGCAACGUAUGAACGCCUCUUCCUUUGGAUUCUGAGCCGGGUGAACAAAGCGCUGGACAAGACCAAGAGACAAGGAGCAUCCUUCCUGGGAAUCCUCGACAUUGCUGGGUUUGAGAUUUUUGAGGUCAAUUCUUUUGAGCAGCUGUGCAUCAAUUACACCAACGAAAAGCUCCAGCAGCUCUUCAACCACACAAUGUUCAUCCUUGAGCAAGAAGAGUACCAGAGGGAGGGCAUCGAGUGGAACUUCAUUGAUUUUGGACUGGACCUGCAGCCCUGCAUUGAGCUGAUCGAAAGACCAAAUAACCCCCCUGGCGUCCUGGCCUUGCUGGAUGAGGAGUGCUGGUUCCCCAAGGCUACGGACACCUCCUUUGUGGAGAAACUGGGUAACGAACAAGGCAACCACCCCAAGUUCCAAAAGCAGAAGCAACUCAAGGACAAAACAGAGUUCUCUAUCAUUCAUUACGCAGGAAAGGUUAACUACAAUGCCACCGCCUGGCUGACCAAGAACAUGGAUCCCUUGAAUGACAACGUGACGUCCUUACUAAACCAGUCCUCCGAGAAGUUUGUGGCAGAUCUCUGGAAAGAUGUGGACCGCAUCGUGGGGCUGGACCAGAUGGCCAAGAUGACGGAGAGCUCCCUCCCGAGCGCUUCCAAGACGAAGAAGGGCAUGUUCCGAACAGUUGGGCAGCUGUACAAGGAGCAGCUGACGAAGCUCAUGACCACCCUAAGGAACACGAGUCCCAACUUUGUCCGAUGCAUCAUCCCGAAUCACGAAAAAAGGUCCGGGAAGCUAGAUGCUCACUUGGUCCUGGAGCAACUGAGGUGCAACGGUGUUUUGGAAGGGAUCCGAAUCUGUCGCCAGGGUUUCCCUAACAGAAUUGUCUUCCAGGAAUUCCGCCAGCGCUAUGAAAUUCUUGCUGCAAAUGCCAUUCCGAAAGGAUUUAUGGAUGGAAAGCAAGCAUGUAUACUUAUGAUCAAAGCCUUGGAACUUGACCCCAACCUGUACAGGAUCGGGCAGAGCAAGAUCUUCUUCAGAACGGGCGUCUUGGCUCAUUUGGAGGAGGAGAGGGACCUGAAGAUCACAGACGUCAUCAUUACUUUCCAGGCUCAAUCCCGAGGCUACCUGGCAAGAAAGGCCUUUGCCAAGAGGCAGCAGCAGUUAACCGCUAUGAAGGUCAUCCAAAGGAAUUGCGCUGCCUACCUGAAGCUGAGAAACUGGCAGUGGUGGAGACUCUUCACCAAAGUGAAGCCGCUGCUACAGGUCACCCGCCAAGAGGAAGAGAUGCAGGCGAAAGAUGAAGAGCUCAAGUCGGUGAAGGAAAGGCAGAUCAAGGCCGAGAGUGAAUUGAAAGAACUGGAACAAAAGCACAGCCAGCUGUCUGAAGAAAAGAACCAACUUCAGGAGCAGCUCCAAGCCGAGACGGAGCUCUACGCAGAAGCAGAGGAGAUGCGUAUCCGGCUGGCUGCCAAGAAGCAGGAGCUGGAGGAGAUUCUCCAUGAGAUGGAGGCCAGGAUCGAGGAGGAGGAAGAACGCGGGCAGCAGCUGCAGGCCGAGAAGAAGAAGAUGCAGCAGCAAAUGCUGGAACUAGAGGAUCAGCUGGAAGAAGAGGAAGCCGCCAGACAGAAGCUGCAGCUGGAGAAAGUAACUGCGGAGGCCAAGAUCAAAAAGAUGGAAGACGACAUCUUGGUGAUGGACGAUCAGAACAACAAACUCACAAAGGAAAGGAAACUUCUCGAGGAGAGGAUAAGCGACUUGACCACCAACCUUGCAGAAGAGGAGGAGAAAGCCAAGAACCUGACCAAGCUGAAGAACAAGCACGAGUCCAUGAUCUCGGAACUGGAAGUCCGCCUGAAGAAAGAAGAGAAGUGCCGGCAAGAACUGGAGAAGAUGAAAAGGAAGCUGGAGGGCGACUCGAGCGACCUCCACGAGCAGAUUGCCGACCUCCAAGCCCAGAUUGCAGAGCUGAAGUUGCAGCUGGCCAAAAAGGAAGAGGAGCUCCAGGCAGCCCUGGCCAGGCUUGAAGACGAAACGGGCCAGAAAAACAACGCCCUGAAGAAAAUCCGCGAGCUGGAAGGGCACAUCUCCGACCUCCAGGAGGACCUGGAUUCCGAGCGAGCCGCAAGGAACAAAGCUGAGAAGCAGAAGCGGGACUUGGGCGAGGAGCUGGAGGCUCUCAAGACAGAGCUGGAAGACACCCUGGACAGCACUGCCACCCAGCAGGAGCUCAGAGCAAAGCGUGAGCAGGAGGUCACCAUCUUGAAGAGAGCUCUGGAUGAGGAGACCCGCACCCACGAGGCUCAGGUCCAGGAGAUGAGGCAGAAGCACACGCAGGCUGUGGAAGAGCUCACGGAACAGCUGGAACAAUUCAAACGGGCCAAAGCCAACCUGGACAAGACCAAGCAGACUCUGGAGAAGGACAAUGCCGACCUGAGCAGCGAGGUCCGGUUGCUCAACCAGGCCAAGCAGGAGGUGGAGAACAAGAAGAAGAAGCUGGAAGUUCAGCUGCAGGAGCUGCAGUCCAAGUUUACAGACGGGGAGCGCGUCCGGACAGAGCUGAACGAAAAAGUCCACAAGCUGCAGGUGGAGGUUGAGAACGUGACGGGGCUGCUGAAUGAAGCAGAGGGCAAGACCAUCAAGCUGACGAAGGAUGUGGCGACUCUGGGAUCUCAGCUGCAGGACACUCAGGAGCUGCUCCAGGAGGAAACCCGCCAGAAGCUCAACUUGUCUACAAAGCUUCGCCAGAUGGAGGACGAAAAGAACAGCAUCCAGGACCAGCUGGAGGAAGAGAUGGAAGCGAAGCAGAACCUGGAGAGGCACAUUUCAACGUUGACCGUGCAGCUCUCCGACUCCAAGCGGAAGCUCCAGGAGUACGUCAGCACCAUCGAGGGCAUGGAGGAAGGGAAGAAGAAGCUGCAGAAGGAAAUCGAAGGCCUGACGCAGCAGUUCGAGGAGAAAGCAGCUUCCUACGACAAACUGGAAAAAACGAAGAACCGGCUUCAGCAGGAGCUGGAUGACCUGGUGGUCGACUUGGACAACCAGCGCCAGAUGGUCUCCAACUUGGAGAAGAAGCAGAAGAAGUUCGACCAGAUGCUAGCAGAGGAGAAGACCAUCUCUUCCAAAUAUGCCGAAGAAAGAGACCGCGCAGAGGCUGAAGCUCGGGAGAAGGAGACGAAGGCUCUGUCUCUCUCCCGGGCUCUGGAGGAGGCCCUGGAAGCAAAGGAUGAACUUGAGCGAACCAACAAGCUGUUGAAAGCAGAGAUGGAAGAUCUCGUGAGCUCCAAAGAUGACGUCGGCAAGAACGUCCAUGACCUGGAGAAAUCCAAACGGGCCUUGGAGCAGCAGGUGGAAGAGAUGAAGACCCAGUUGGAGGAGCUGGAAGACGAGCUCCAGGCGACGGAGGACGCAAAGCUGAGGCUGGAGGUGAACAUGCAGGCACUGAAAGGACAGUUCGAAAGAGACCUGCAAGCCAGGGAUGAGCAGAACGAAGAGAAGAGGAGGCAGCUGCAGAAGCAGCUCCACGAGAUGGAAGUGGAACUGGAAGACGAGCGCAAGCAACGGGGCUUGGCCGCCGCCGCCAAGAAAAAACUGGAGGUGGACAUCAAGGACACGGAGGGCCAGCUGGACUUUGCCAACAAGUCCCGGGACGAAGCCAUCAAGCAGCUGCGGAAGCUCCAGGCUCAGAUGAAGGACUUCCAGCGUGAACUGGACGAUGCCCGGGCUGCCCGGGAAGAAGUCUUUGCAACAGCCCGAGAAAACGAGAAGAAAGCCAAAAAUCUGGAGGCUGAGCUGAUGCAGGUUCAAGAGGAUUUGGCAGCUGCGGAACGGGCACGGAAACAAGCUGAGCAGGAGAAGGACGAUCUGGCUGAAGAGCUGGCAAGUUCUGCUUCUGGGAGGACCAGCCUCCAGGAUGAUAAGCGGCGCCUUGAAGCAAGGAUCUCCCAGCUGGAGGAGGAGCUGGAAGAGGAGCAGAGCAACAUGGAAGCUAUGAGCGACCGCUUCCGCAAGGCUGUCCAGCAGUCAGAACAGCUGAACAACGAGCUGACCUCCGAGCGCACCGCAGCGCAGAAGAACGAAAGCGCCCGGCAGCAGCUGGAGAGGCAGAACAAGGAGCUGAAGUCCAAACUGCAGGAGAUGGAGGGAGCCGUCAAAUCCAAGUUCAAGGCCACGAUCACAGCCCUGGAAGCCAAGAUUGGGCAGCUGGAAGAACAGCUGGAACAGGAAUCCAGAGAAAAGCAAACAGCAGCAAAGACCCUCCGCCAGAAAGACAAGAAGCUCAAGGAAGUCCUGCUGCAGGUUGAGGAUGAAAGGAAGCAAGCAGAACAGUACAAAGACCAGGCCGACAAGGCCAGCUCUCGCGUCAAGCAGCUGAAAAGGCAGCUGGAGGAGGCAGAGGAGGAGUCCCAGCGCAUCAAUGCAAACCGCAGGAAGCUGCAGCGGGAGCUGGACGAAGCCACCGAGAGCAACGAGGCCAUGGGGCGGGAGGUGACCGCCUUGAAGAGCAAACUCAGGCGUGGAAACGAGCCGUCCUCCUUUGGCCCCUCGCGCCGAUCUGGGGGUGGCGGCGGCGGCCGGCGUGUGAUCGAAAAUGCCGAAGGGUCGGAGGAUGAAGCGGAUGCCCGGGAUGGGGAUUUCAACGGAACAAAAGCCAGUGAAUAAUAAUGAAUUUUUUAAAAUUUGUUUUAAAAGACACGCUUGCUGAUUUUAACUCUGCACCAAAAAAAGGGGGGGUAUAAAAGAGGGGUAAUUGUAGCACUGUAUGCUGCUUUCUUGAUCCCAAAGACAUAUUGACACCUCCCUCGAGGCCUUGAUGAGAGCACAGCUGCCUUUUACUCCAAUGUAUACACCAACCCUCCUAGCUGUUGCAGAAUUGCUGUUUUUUUGCCCGCUGCCGGGCAUCAUUCCAGAGCGAAUGUACUUCACCGAGGGACUAAUGCAACAGGGUGGGGUGACCAAAAACGCCCCCCCUCUUUAUUACAGACCAACAGCAAGACAAAAUCUAUUGGGCUUCUGGCCUCUUCCCUAAUCUCGCUGCCCUUCCCUUUAUGAACUUCCUUCGUAAAGUUUCAGGUACUAUUUUCCCCACUCAGAUUGUGCACUCCCCCCCCCCCUUCCAACUCCCUCCACCCAGUUCACAAGAUCAAAGUGCCUUUCUUCAUCACUUUUUUUGGGGGGGGGGAAUGAAGAGUACUAAACCAACUGUUAUUGUUCUAGAUGAAUUUUGUGCUUAAAUACACACUAAUAAAGGUUUAUAAAAUCA